AUUCAACAUUUGUAUUGUGUAAAUUGUAAAAUUGUACCAUGCAAAUACGACGUCCUCGCGGUAUAACAGUGCCUCAGUUAAUGGUAAUUACUGGAUUAGGAGUUUUGGGCGGUGUUUAUAUUUGGCAACCACUCAUUGUUAAGUGGAAAAAGGAAAACAGUGACAAAAAGGAGCCAACUACGGGAACAAUUACUGCCGGCCCAAUGAGUUUAAUUAAAAAUUUGAAACAAUUUACCACCUCAACAACUGGUCUUAUGGCCAUUGGAAUUUUUUCGACAUUGAUUAUUAGUGUUAGUUACCGUGUAUUUAUGAAACCUGAAUUUGAUAGGCGACGUCGCCAAGAUGCCGAGGCAAUGGCCGAUUAUAUUUUCCAACAUGAACUACAACAAAGCAAAUCAUCCAGUGAACAUCAAAGCUUUUAAAUCAAAGACUUUGUCCAUUUAAUUAUAAAAUAUAUAAGAUAAAUUCUUUUCCCAAGGAAUUUGCUCAACGUUUGUUGAAGUAUUUUUCAUAUUUAAAUUUUUUUCCAACAAUCACUGUCGUUCUAUUGAAAUUGUUCUUAAAUUUCUUUUUCAUAAUUUUUAUUUUUUUAACAAAGCCAGCCAUUACAAAAGAAAUAAAACUAUUUAAAUAUUAAAAAUAAUUAUAAACAUAGCAAAAAUAAUAAUAGAAGAAAUCAUAACUUUUUUGUAUUAGUGAAAUUUUUAAGAAAUGAAUAACAAAACGAAAUUUUUAAUUUCAAUUUAAUUGUUAACAUACUUUGUAAAACGAUUAAAGUCUAUCAAAAAUAUUGAUUUGAUUAUAUAAUUUUAUUGAAAAUGAUUCUAUUUGAUAUUUCUCUUGCAUUAUUUUUCUUCUUUUUUGUAAAAUACAAAAGAGCCAAUGAACAUAGCUUUUCUUUAUUAUUUUUAUACUUGUUUACUAAUUUAGAUAUUAAUUUAAUGUUAAAAAAUGAAUAAAAAUGUAUUAUUGAAUUUUGGUUUGAAAUAAAAUUUUUGCAAAAGGAAUUAAAUGAGUAGUA